GGUUAUUAUCGAAAAGCAGUGGCAAAUAUGGCAUUAUGCAGAUUUAAAGACGCACUUCAGGAUUUUCGAAUUGUUGCGAAAAAAAAUCCGGGCGACAAAGAUGUAAGCGCAAAAUUAACGGAAUGCAAGAAGAUUGUGAAACAAAUUGAAUUUGAAAAAGCCAUUGAGGUAGAUUCGCACCAGAAAAACAUUGCUGAAACAAUGGAUGUAGAUGCGAUCGUUGUGGAUCCUUCUUACAGUGGACCAAAACUUGCGGAUGGACAGAUCACAAAAGAAUUUAUUGCAGAUAUGAUGGAAUGUUUCAGAAUUCAAAAAAAGAUUCAUCGCAAAUACGCAUUCCAGAUAAUUUUAGCCGUACGGAAGAUGAUGUUACAAACGCCAUCGUUGGUGGACAUCAACAUACCUCAAAAUUGCAGAUUAACUGUGUGCGGAGAUGUUCAUGGUCAAUUCUAUGAUUUUCUCAAUAUUUUCAAGAUCAAUGGCUUGCCAUCCGAAGAGAACAUGUAUCUUUUCAAUGGUGAUUUUGUUGAUCGUGGAUCAUUUAGCAUUGAGGUUAUACUGACUUUGUUCGCUUUUAAAUGGCUUUACCCAACAUCUGUCUACUUGACGAGAGGCAACCAUGAAACGGAUGAUAUGAACAAGGUUUAUGGAUUCGAAGGGGAGGUUAAGGCUAAAUAUUCUGAACAAAUGUUUGAAUUAUUUUCUGAAACAUUUACUACCCUUCCGCUUGCACAUCUUAUCAACAAAAAAAUUUUGGUAGUUCAUGGUGGAUUAUUCAGUAGAGAUGAUGUUACACUAGAUGAGAUUAGAAAGAUCGAUAGGAUUGGCAAGAAACAACCUGAACAUGGAAGUUUAAUGUGUGAACUAUUGUGGUCUGAUCCGCAACUACUCCCGGGACGUGGUCCAAGUAAACGAGGCGUAGGAAUACAAUUUGGACCUGAUAUCACCGAGAAUUUUCUUAAGCGUAAUAAUAUUGAUUUACUAAUAAGAAGUCAUGAGGUCAAAGAAAACGGUUAUGUGGUCGAACAUAAUGGCAAAUGUAUUACUGUAUUCUCCGCGCCAAAUUACUGUGAUACCAUUGGAAACAAAGGUGCGCUAAUUAACAUUACGCCAGACCUACAAUUAAGCUAUCAGACAUUUGAAGCUGUG